CCACCAAGGUUAGUCAUUAACCUUGUCUUCUCAGUCACUCAGGGCACCGAAGAAAGCGGACAGCAUUGUGUCCGAGGCAUGCUGCCGCCCGGCCGCCACAUCUCACCAUGGGCGACUGGAACCACUGCACACACGAGCGGGCUUUGUCCUCGGAGAGCGGCGUUACCGUAGUGUUUCACAAAGUUGACAGCCAUGGGGACACAAACAGCGGCGGCGACGACGACAGUGGCGAUGAUGAACGGACAGCAGCGACGAUUCACUUACAAACGAACUGCCAUGUGUCGUCGUGUGAUUUGGAUGGUGAUGCUGAGGGAGCGAGAGGAAGCACCGAAAAUUCACCGGAAAGCAGCGAGAGCCAAACGCUAUGCCCGUCGGCGUUUUGCGUCAGAAGCAGGCUCGCAUCCCCAGACGGAAGCGCACGUGAAGACUCAGAGAAACUAAAGAGAUGUCCAGGUCUUGGUUUGUUCUAUGCUUUCCUGGCCACAGUUUUCUUUUCUAUCAUUGCCCUCAUGGUGAAAACCAUCCAGGGAGUCCACGCCAUAGAGAUCAGCGCCAUACGCUGCUUCUUCCAGAUGCUCUUCAUUAUGCCGUUACUCAUCUACCACAAGACAGGUUUCCUCGGUCCCAGGGACAAACGAAUAUAUCUGGUUCUCCGGGGUUUCCUCGGUUCCAAUGCCAUGAUCCUGCUCUUCUAUGCUGUUCAGCAGAUGCCGCUUGCAGACGCCACAGUCAUUAUGUUCAGUAAUCCAGUCUUUACCUCCCUCCUGGCCUGGGUCUUCCUAAAGGAAAGAUGCACAAUCUGGGACUGUGUCUUCACCGUUUUCACCAUCACUGGAGUCAUCCUCAUCGCCCGGCCGCCGUUCCUGUUUGGCGAGGAUCGACAUGGCAUUGAGGGAAACUACACAAACCACAUCAAGGGGACGAUCGCUGCGUUUGCAGGUGCCGUUGGAGCUGCUUGUACAUUUGUUCUUCUCCGCAAGAUGGGGAAGAGCGUCCACUACUACCUCUCUGUGUGGUACUACGCCGUCAUUGGUUUCAUUGAGUGCCUCAUCACCGUAUCCAUCCUCGGGGAGUGGAAAAUCCCGUUCUGCGGCCGUGAUCGCUGGCUGCUGAUGCUCAUCGCUGUCCUGGGCAUCGCCGGACAGACCUUCCUCACAAAGGCGCUGCAGAUCGAGAAGGCCGGACCCGUGGCCCUGAUGAGGACUAUCGACGUGGUGCUGGCGUUCAUCUUCCAGUUCAUUUUCCUCAACCGCGCACCGACCAUGUGGAGCCUGGCGGGGGCGCUGUGCGUAGUGGCGAGCACGAGUGGAGUAGCGCUCCGGAAAUGGUACAGCAACUCUCGCAAGAGCUGACAAGGAGAUGCAAAAUAGAAUACUCUGGUAUUACUAUUUAUUCUUUUUUCAGUAUCAUAUGUUCUUGAUUUAUUCUGUAUUUUACUUGUUACUUCCAUGCAAACCUUUCAGGAGGUUUAAGCUCUUUGAACAGUAAAAAUAGGAAUAUAGGAUGAUCUACUAGGGUCCGUUAUGAGUUAUUGAUAUACAUGUUGAUUCUUGAGAGUCAACCUGUGUAACAUAUUGUUAUGCAUUUAUUGUUGUGUAAAUUAAUUACCACAUCUCCAACAGAAAGAGGGGCCUGAACUUACUGUUUACUCAACACUGAUUUCUAUUUACCCUUUAAUAAAAUAAGACAUACAUGGGACUGAAAGAGAGAAGUUUACUACACUGGGACCAUCUAUACUGUGUUACAUAACUUGGCAAUAAUGGUAAACUGAAAAAAGUAUACAACAUAUUUCAUUCUAUGUAGUAUGCACCAGGCUACAUAAGCCCUAUAGGGAAAGUGAGAAAAAAAAUCUGGUGAUCCAUUUUCUAAGUCUGAUCAAAAUUGUUUCUCUCUUGUGAGAACAGGUGAAAAUAAGGAUUAUAGCAACUACUAAACGUUAAAUAAGAGGCUAAGUGGGCUCUUUACUGUGACGCGUUCCAAAUAAUACUCCCAUAGAAUCCAUGAGGUUCAGAUGCAUUAAACUGGUUUAUUAUGCAAACAAAAAAUUAACUGACAAGCAGUUGGUAUAUGAGAAGAAAAAAAAAAACAGAAAAAGUUAAUGUAAAAGAGUAUUCAAGUUGACAGUCUAGAGACGGUCAACAUAAAAAUAUCGGAGCCUACACUCACCCUUUUUUUUUCUACCUCCCGCCAUACAACUGAGCAGGUAAAUAGGUGAGACCACACACCUGUUCCAUCACCGGAAGUGACAUAUACCAAACAGAUGUGUGAAGCCUAACAAAAUAAACAACUUAGGCAAAAAUACACAUUUUGACUCCUACAAGGAUAAUCCUUUGUUUUCAUCUUUGAGGAGAAGAAAAAAGUUUGGCCAUAAUAACUCACUGUGAAAACCAGUGAGGAAAGUUUUGGCAGGUGAAUUUUUUUGGUCAGGAUAAAGUGUUUGUUUGUACUCAUUUCGGCCGUAACCUAAAGAAAUACAGUCGUUUCAUUUCACACUGUUAACAAAGUGUUUAAAACAGUGACUAUUCAUAUUUAGUAAGAUGUACAAAUUCCCAUGCAUUACUUUUUGUAGGAAAUUAUGCGAACACGUUCAGAAGUAUUAAUUCAUAACCACAGGAAAGAAAACAAUUUAGAGCAAACUGAGAAGAUGGAUCAUCCAAAUAAAUUCUCAUGUCUUUCACACUACUAUCAAAUUAAUAUCUGCAAAAAAUACUUAUCAAAAUGUUUGUGUUGCUGAAAUACAACUAUUAAAAAAGUAAAAGUCAUUCACAGGAAUAAAAUUAAAUGUAAUGCAAACCAGUUCAGCAGUUUUAGCAGUUCAAUUCUCAUUUGUUUUUAGACAAAGAAAACCCUGUUUAGUAGGAAAACAUUGCAGAUAUCCAAGUCAACAAAACAAUAUAUUAAAAAAAUUAAAUCCUAAAAUUGGUUACAAGUUUUUCGGUGAAAACAGGGUCUAGCUGUACGAUUCACUCUCUCAUUAAACUGUUUUUUAAUGCUGAAAUAUGAACGACACCUGAAUCCAGCCCAGUGUUCCUAUCCAUCAAGAGUUUAUUCCUUUGUGAUUUUUGAUUUUAUUUUUCCGUCUCCUCUAAUGUAUUUCAAGAUAAUAAGCUAACAUCUGUUAUUAUCCAAUCCAUAGUUGAUAAGUUCUUAUAUUUGAAGUGCCUUAAGUAAGACCUUUGACCUCCAGCUUCCCUCAAUGGAGCUGCUCAUUAACCAGCAACUUGUACUGUUCACCUCUCAGUCUGAUAGUGCAUAUUAAUAUGAAUAUAAAUAUGAAAUAGGGUGCCUCUAAAAAAUAAAAAGUCAACGCAUUAACUGAUUUUUUUUAUCCCCACACUUGAGGCCACACUGAUUUCUUCACUAUCUCAUCUUCAUGUCAUCCUUAAGCAUGGAAAUAGUCUCCUCAGCAGUCUAAAAAUAUAUUUGCUACGAUGCUCAUAGAGGGGUGUUGUUUGCUUUUUGUUUUUGCUCGAGGGUAGAGAAGUGUCAGUAACCUGUCACUAUAAUGCAACAAAUUAAGUGAGCAUCCGAACAGCUGCACACACGGAUUGCUUGACGAUUACUUUCUCCUCCUGGAGAGAAAAAGGAGACGUGGAUUUACAUCAAAACAUUGUAGGUUUUCCCAAUAUGAAAAUAUCCCGCGUCAGUCAGUUUAAUAGUAGCGACACAGUUAGACUUUGUCACCAAACUAGAAAGCUAAAGGUUUCACACUUGAGUUUCCUUGUUUUUGUGAUACUCAGUGACUCAAAACAGCCGUGUGUGAUUCUUGUGCUGUGUUGUAU